UUUUGGUGGCGUAAGCAGAAAAACAAGUGUAUCAUUUUAAACAAAUCCACCUCUACACUCUUCCACAAUAAAGCCACCCUCUUCUCAAAUAUCAACCCCUUUUUCAGCACUUUCCACAAAUAGCAAAUUUCUCUGCCCAACUCUCCUUACCCAGCAGAAGAAAGAGGAAACUUUGCAGAAUUUCAGUUCCCCCCGCAAAAAAAACUGUUAAUUUGGUACUAAUAUCAAAAUGCUAGCACAAGUACAGCUUCUGUUCAUGGUGGUAUUCUUAGAAAUGUCACUAAUUUUGUUAUUUCUCUUCAAAACCCCUUUGAGGAAACUAAUAAUCAUGACCCUUGAUCGAGUCAAACGAGGCCGUGGACCGUUGAUUGUUAAAUCUGUAGCUGCCACUGUUCUUGUGAUCAUGAUUUACACUGUUUACUCUAUUAGGGAAUUGCAGUCUCGCCCUACUGAUACUGUUAAUCCGACUGAUCAAAUCCUUCUUGCUCAUCAGAUUCUCCAAGCUGCUCUUAUGGGAUUUUGUCUAUUCCUUGGACUGAUGGUAGACAGGCUACACCAUUACAUAAGGGAGCUUCGCUUACUCAGGAAGACAAUGGAGGCUGCAAAGAAGCAGGAUCGCGCAUUGGACAAUGGCAAGAAUGGUGAAGCCAGUAACCUAAAGGAUGAAAUCUCCUCCUUGAGGAACAAGGUAAGGCAGCUGGAAUCCGAAAACGAGGCAAAAGAAAAGGAGGUAAAAUCUCAGAAGGCUAAUUCAGAUUCUCUCAAGGGUCAAUCUGAAAAAUUGCUGCUUGAAUACGACCGGUUGCUGGAAGAAAACCAGAAUCUUCGAAGCCAAUUGCAAUCAGUUGACCAAAAUGUAUCACAUUCCGAUAGCAAAAAGAACACCUAGAAUAGCAUACAUCUGUUUUCUGGCCGUCAACUGUAGUAGUUACUAUCUUGAGAAUUUUGGUUAAAGAAGUGUGUUGUGUAGCUUGUCUUUGUAAAAUGGUAGUAUAUAUUGUAUUGGCUCCAAACCCUGGAUUAUCCUAAACAACUCCUGUUUUCUGUCUUUCACUGUGCUUGAAACUAUUUGUUGUGUUCCCGUGGGGGUGAUUAUACAACAAUAUUUUGCUCU